GGACCCUCCGUGUCUUCCUGGUGGCUCUGCUCCUCCCGGGUGUAAGAUGAUGAAGAAAGCGCGCGCGGGUCACGUAUGGCCGUCCACUGCGGUCCUGCUGCUCAUCUGUCCGCUGGUCUGCGGAACCCCGUCCAGAUUCAGCUUAUUUCAGGGCUCCCCGUACUCCAGCAGCGUUCACCAGCAGAGGAACAAAAACUGGUGUGCGUUCGUGGUGCACAAGAACGUGACCUGCGCUGUGCUGGACACAGAGAGCGUUGUGGAGCCCCAGGCUGCCCCCUGUCCACCACAUCAGCCCCACUGUGCUCAGAGCCUCAUGUACCGUACCAACAUGAGGCCCAUGUACAAGGUGGGCUACAAGCAAGUGACUGAGCUGGAGUGGAGAUGUUGCCCAGGUUAUCGUGGUUAUGACUGCAUGGAGCUUAAAGAUGUUCCAUCAGCUCCUCAUAUUCUGCAAGAACCACGCCCAGAUCUACCGUCAAUCCCCAGGCAACAACAGAGUGUCCUUGGACCAGAGGUCUCCUCUGGUGCUCAUCCCUGGACGCACCCUGGGCAAAGUGGACAAAUCAGGCAGCCCUGGACUGAGGGUAGAGAGUCUGCAAGACAGGAAGAUCAUCAUGAUAGUAAUCGUGUCCAAGAAUUAGAAGAGGAAGUACAGCGUCUUUCACAAACAGUCCUUGACUUGCAGGCUGCCAUGACUACUGCCAAUGCUAACUUGCGCCUUGACCUGCAAGAAGAUGCAAGCAAAAUAAUUCUCAACCUGCUUGGUAAUCUACGGCAGCCUCAGGGUGCCCUUACUGGAGGCACGGAGAGCAUCUUGCUGCCCUCAGAUAUUCCGAUUUCUUCAGCUGCUGAAGAGCUCCAGAACCAGGUCACACACCUUUCCAACACAAUCAGCACAAACACCAACUCCAUCCAGGAUCUGGAGACAAAGCUUUCACAGCUUGAAGGACAUGUGAAUAAGCUAAGAGAGACAGAAGAGAAUACCGUGGGUCCACUGCCUUCUUCUGCCUCAACUGCUGAGUGCCCAUGCCAGGCUUACAUUGAUGCAAAACUUCAAGACCUCCGUAAGGAGCUGCUGGAAGGAAUGGAUGUUAAGAUGGCAGAUUUGAAGAACUCUUGUGACUACAAAGUGCUGUCAGUUAAAGAACAGUGUGAAGAGCAAGAGAAUUCAUAUCUUAGUCUUGCAGAGCUCCUUGACUCCAAAGAGGCUGACCUUCGUCAAGAGAUCCAGGACCUACGGAACAUUAUUUCAACAGGCACCCCCUAUGGGUUAGAGGUCCCAGACCUUCAAAAGGAGAUCCAGGACCUAAAGAAUGCACAGAGGAACUUGGCUACUGCCAUGAAUGCAACAGUCAUGAAGCAGAAGGCUCAUGAGGAGGCAUUGGAGCCCAGGUUUAACUUGGUAGAAAGGAGAGUAGCAGAGAAAUGCCUCUACCUAGAAGACAAGAUGAGGAAAGAGAGGGCCAAAGAAGAAGUGGAACAGAACAAAGCGCUAGAGAGCCAGAUCAAUGCAGCUCUACAAGUCUUAGGAGGCACGCAGUCACAGAUAAUACCAACAGGUCAUGCAAAUGGCCAAAAUAUACUAGAAAUGGAAGAACACGCACAGAGCUUGAAGGGUGAAGUAGAUUCUCUAACACAGCAGGUCAAAAGUUUGGAGAACUCAAUCAGGAUACUUAAUCAGUCAGUCAGCCAAACUCCUAUUGAUGGGCUAUAUAACAGACUAGACAAACUGGAGGAAGACUGUGGGAAGAGCCAAGAAAUGUCUAAAAGGCUGGAGGAGAUCAUGUCUGGGGUUGAUGGACGAGUGGCCAGUGUCGAGAGUGUUUGUGGCAGGUUGGAGCCAGUGUCAGACAGUCUAAAAAGAAUCAAAGAUGGACUCAAUAAACAUGUCAAUGGUCUUUGGAACUGUGUUCGACAGCUCAACAACACUGUCCUGACUCACUCAAGAGAUAUCAACACUUUGAGAGCCAAUACCCACACCACAGUGGGCGGGCAGGAUGGAACCACUGGCACCCCUCAGAAUACAGGUGUUCGUGCAGGUAUGGAGGACUCUAGUGUUUCCAUGGCGACAGGCUCUACUCCUCCUGUUUUGGAGUCUGGAGAAGCGGGGCCGCCUGGAACCAAGCUUUCAUCCCGGCCCCCUCAGGGGGACAAUGGCAGUAUGACACCUGUUAAAGGCUACGCUGCAGCACCAGGCUAUCCUCCCAUCUCCCCUGCCUCCAUCACACCUCACAUUCUUUCAGGUCAUAAGAGCAUAAGCGCUCCUGUAUCGUUUUCGGCUGGUCUGACUCUCUUACCGUUUUCUGGAGAUGUUGGCAUCAUCCGCUUCAACCACGUGUUGCUGAAUGAUGGGGGACACUAUGACCCGCUUACAGGUUUAUUCACUGUGCCCACUGAUGGACGGUACCUGUUGAGCACUGUAAUAACAGCCCAGAGGGGAGCACGAGUGGAGGCCAUUCUCUCAGUGGCCAAUCGCAACAUACAGAAGCUGGACACAUCUGGAUCAGGGGACAUGGAGUGUCUUUGUGGAGGCUCUGCCUCCGCCAGCCUCAUCUUAGACCUGAAACAAGGACAGAAGCUCGGGGUGGUGAUGACUUCUGGAACUCUAGCAAUUUCAGCAUCCACUGAGGUUCUGUCCACAUUUAGUGGCGUUCUGCUUCAUUCUUUACCAGCUAAAAGAUAACCUACAGAUAAAGAAACAUGUCAGGCGAGGCUAUCCAGCUCCAGUCUUUGGUGCUGUGUCAAUGCACAGUGUAGUGAUGUUCCUGCUUUAAUAGCACAUGGGAUGAACAAAAUAAUAAAAAAGUUUUUGCUGGAAAAGGAGAAUUUUGAAGAGGCUCAGUCUCAGUUAAAUGCAGUAUACGGUUUGUUUCAUACUUUCGUACAUAGUUACAUAAAGUACACUUUAUCUGAAGGCUGCCUACAUAGGGUUGACAUAACAUAUGCAUAAUUACUGAACAGUUGCUCUUAUAAGCCAUAAACCUAGUUAAGAACACCACAGAUUCUGUUGAAGAUUCCGAUGGCCUCAAAAUAAAGUAACGCUUUUCAGGUGUAUUUCCCUGUAUCACUUUCGUUGAGGUCAUCUUUCAUGGAACUGACAGAGAAUAUAAAAAUAUUAUAUAGGCCUCGGUCUUGUAAGUUCUUUAUAACAAUCUUGUAAAAGGGUGUGAUUAUGUUAUGUUAACACAGUGUCAUUUGGUCCAUAAACAUCGGAUGUCAUCUUGUAAAUACAGACAGUAGCUUUUAAUAAAUACUCAAGUAUUGUUUUUUUUAAUGCAUUAUUCAGUGCUUAUGCAUGUGUUAUGGAGUGCCUUUGCAGGUAGCUUUUAUAUAAAAUGUUACUGAAUAAUUUAUAGUAGUUAAUGAAUAAUAAGCAUUAAGAUUAGUGACUAAAAAGAAGGCUGCAGUUUAAGGGGUUAAUAUUAGUGCCAGGUUCUGUUAUAAAACAUUAAGUAGUUUAGUAACCAAGUUAUCUUUGUCAUUGACUUUUUAAAGUAAAUUUCAAAGACGAAUACGAAUAUUAAGGCCAGAGCAAACCAACACACCAAACACUAAUAAACACCACCAAUGUGAUCACUGCGAGUCUCUAGAAUGUUCUCUCCAUUUACAGUCCUACAAUGUUCUCUUCCAUUUAGUGCAUUGUUCUACUGCUUUGUGUCCUAUUCACAAUGUUCUAGAAUGUUCUACUAAUGCUGUUAUGUAAUGUGUUGUACUAUUAAGGAUUCAAUAAUAAUAAUAAUAAUAAUAAUAUGUGCAUACAUACAUACAUACAUACAUACA